AUGAAAUCAUAAACCUAAGCUCCAAAACCUGAUUUCUGUUUACUUGAAAAACAAGCUCCAUUAUUACCUGAUGAUGGUAUCUCUCAUGACAGCAAGAAAUCUUUAGAUUUUGAAAAAGAUAAAACUCUUAAGACUCGUUGUGAUAGAUUUGGAAAUCUAAUUGAUAAAAAAAAACGGCAACAGCAAGUGUCCUUUAGAGACAGAGUAUAAAAGAAAUAAAAAUUAUAUGAUCUUAUUGAAUUUGAUUAUUAUGAACUUGAAUUAGACUACAAGAAGAAUAUAAAAUAAAGAGAUAAUUAAAAGAAAUGUUGCUAAAUUUAAUGA